GAGGACGAGGAGGAGGAGGACAAGGAAGAGGAGGAGGAGGACGAGGAGGAUGAGGACGAGGACGAAGAGGAGGAGGUGGAUGAAGAGGACGAGGUGGAUGAGGAGCAGGAGGAGGAGGAGGAGGAGGAGGAGGAGGCGGAGGAGGAGGAGGAAGAGGAGGAGGAGGAGGAGGAGGAGAAGGAGGAGGAAAAGGAGGAGGAGGAGGAAGAUUUGGAGGAGGAGGAGGAGGAUGAGGACGAGGAGGACGAGGAGGUGGAGGAUAAGCAUGCGGAGGAUGAGGAGGACGAGGAGGAGGAGAAGGAGGGGGAGGAGGAGGAGGAGGAUGAGGAGGACGAGGAGCAGGAGGAGGAUAAGGACGAGGAGGAUGAGGACCAGGAGAAGGAGGAGGAAAAGGAGGAGGAGGAGGAAGAUUUGGAGGAGGAGGAGGAGGAUGAGGAGGACGAGGAGGAUGAGGACGUGGAGGAGGAGGAGGAGGAGGAGGAGGAGGAGGAGGAGGAGGAGGAGGAGGAGGAGGAGGAGGAGGAGGAGGAGGAGGAGGAGGUGGAGGAGGAGGAGGAGGUGGAGGAGGAGGAGGAGGAGGAGGAGGCGGAAGAUGAUGAGAAGCAGGAGGAGGAAGAGGAGAACAAGGAGGACGAGAAGGAGGAGGACGAGUAGGACAAGG